GUGUGUGCAGGCGGCGGCAAGAACUUCAGCCUCAAGAGCGAGGAGGACGUGGAGGAGCUCAUGCAGACGCUGGUGGCGCAGAUCCACGCCAAGCUCAAGAGCGAGCUCAACCUGCGCGAGAUCUUCAUCCCCAACUCCAAGGCCGAGGCGCGCUGCAACAUCUUCGUGUCGCACAACUACGCGGCGUGCCCCAAGCUCUGCGUCUUCAUGCAGCCGGGCGAAGGCAUGCAGCCGGGCAUGUGGAGCCGGACGAUCCACCCCAAGACGGGCUUCCAGGGCUCCAUGAUCCCGUACUUGAAGACGGCGAUCCAGGGCGGAUACGGCGUCGUGAUCCUGAACCCGAGCACCAACUUCUGCAUGGUCAACGGCCACCGAGCCAAGAUCCUGCACUCGUCCUCGCCCGAGGCGCACGUCGCGUACGUCUGGAAGAACUACAUCGUGCCCAACGCGGCACAGGAGAUCAGCUUCAUCGUGCACGACAACGCCGGCAUCUUGUUGAAGACCUUUCUGUCCACCUUGAGUGGACACGAGGCGCAGAGGGUCGGAGGCAUCGCCUUCAUCGAGUCGGCCCACCAGGUCUCGUCGGGUGACAGCAAUUCGUUGUGGGACAUGCUGCGCGAGAAGGCCGUGAACUUUGAGGCCUCGACGGAGCCCAUGUUCACGGUCAUUGCGUCCUCCAAGGCGAGACUGGGGUGCACGUCCCUGUCGGUGGGGCGCACGUCGGGUGAGGCAAACAACCGCGAGUGGACGGUUCAUUCAGUGCAGACGUCGGCGUUCGUGUUCCUGCAGUCUAUCGCCAGCGGGAUCGAGGAGUCGCUGCAUGCUAUCCGCGCAACGUUCCCCAACAAGCUUAUCGUGACCGUCAACCGUGCACGAUUGACUGGCCAGCCAUACAACAACCCGUUCGCUGUGGUGCAGUGUGCGGGACAGAAGAAGGAGACUGUGGGCAGCCAUAAGCACACCAUGGACCCCGAGUGGAACCAGACGUUCUCCUUCCCUGUUACGUCCAGCGACGCGAAGGUGGUUAUCGUCGUGAAAGACAGGUCAUUCCCCAUGAAUACGUCGCUGGGUCAGGUUGUCGUGAGUAUGAGCGAGGUGGGACUUAAUCGCGCCGACCGACGGUGGUUCUCCCUGCGUGACGAGAAGGUUCCGACAACACACGGCAAUGGCGAAGUGGAGCUGACGCUCGAGUGGGUGCACGAUACGUUCGUAGCUCGCUCCGAUUCGUUUAUUCGCGGGAACCGCAUGCCGACACUAGAAGCGCAGCGCAACCGUCAAGGCGGUGAUGGUGAGAACUGCUGCUACCUGUGCAAGACUACGUUCGUAUUGCAUCGCCGUCGCUACUGCCGCAUGUGCUUGCGUUUGGUCUGCACGUCGUGCUCAGAUCGCCUAUUUCUUCCCGGAUUUAGCGAGCCGAAGCGUGUGUGCUCUGGGUGCUGCGAUCUUCAGAUGAUGCUACACAACAAACUUCCGCGCAUGGGUCCCAAUGGUCCGGGCUCGAGGUUACCCUCCCAAGACAAGCUGGACGAGCAUGCGCAGCGUAUGGAGGCGAUGCGGAAACGCGAGGAAGCCGAGAAGCGGCCUCUCUCUAUUAACGACUUCGAUCUGCUCAAGGUGGUCGGUCGCGGCGCCUUCGGUAAGGUGCUGCUGGUGCGCAAGAAGGACGGCAAAAACGCUGGCCAAAUUUACGCUAUGAAGAUCCUCGUCAAGUCGCACAUUAUUAAGAACGACCAGAUCGAGAACACCAAGGCGGAGCAGCAUAUCCUCAAGGAGAUCAGCCACCCAUACGUGGUGCGGCUACGGUACGCGUUCCAGAACGCUGACAAGUUGUACCUCAUCAUGGACUACUACCCGGGUGGCUCGAUGUUCUACCACCUGCGCAAGUCGAAGAGGUUCACGGAAGAUCGCACGCGGUUAUACAUGGCUCAGCUGCUGACGGCGUUGAUGCACCUCCACAGCAAGCAGAUCGCGUACCGUGAUUUAAAGCUGGAAAAUAUUCUGAUGGAUCCGAAGGGCAACAUCGCCCUGACCGAUUUCGGUCUGUCGAAGGAGGGUCAGAUGGUCGAGGGAGCCAUCCGCGCGUCUCAGGCAGAUACGGGUAUGAAGACCAUUUGUGGUACAGCCGAGUACAUGGCGCCAGAGCUGCUGCGCCACCAACCGUACGGCAAAGUGGUCGACUGGUGGAGCUACGGUAUUCUGCUGUUCGAGAUGCUGACGGGCCGAACGCCCUUCGUCGACCGCAACCGUCGGCAGAUGUUCAAGAACAUUAUGCAGUCGGAGGUGAUCUACCCCUCGCACAUUUCGCCGGUGGCGCGCUCGCUGAUCUCCAAGCUGCUGAAUCGUGACCCGGCACGAAGACUGGGUGGAGGCCCCAACGGCGGCCGUGACAUCAUGGCCCACCCGUUUUUCGAGUCGAUUGACUGGGACAAGCUCAUGCGGAAGGAGAUCGAGCCUCCGUUCGUCCCGGACGUCUCGAGUGUCGACGAUAUCACGAACGUGCCCGAGAUGUUCCAGAACAUGGCGGCCGUAGACUCCCCUGUCAACAAGAAGAAUGGCGACGGCCACCACUUCGACGACUUCACGUACCAAGAAGACGGGUACAUUAUGCGCGCCACGCACAACAUAAACCAGCAUUAA